GGUUCAGACUGGACAUGCGUACUUUUCACUUCGCGGGCGCCUGCGCCACAGCAAUGGACUCGCUGUGAGCACAUAGUCCAUUGCAAGGCGAGCACAUAGUCAGUAUUAGCUGCCGCGGCUUUUCGACGACUCAAGAGUCUGCCACCAGGGAGCACAGAGGCAGCCAAAAUAGCCUCUAAUUCUGGCAGCUUGACCACCGCGCAGCCGUCGUAGACACGCUCCAGGACCAUGUCGCAGUUCCAAGGCACGCCAGAAUCGGCCGAGCAACGAGCCCAAAGGGCUCUCGCCCGCGGCACCGAGGCGCUCCAGCGCGGCGACGCGGCGGCCGCGGUCACGCAUCUCGAGGAGGCCGUCGAGCUCGACGCGAGCUGCGGCGACGCCUGGUAUAAUUUAGGUGUCGCGCGGGAGGGCGCCGGCGAUGUACUGGACAGCGCAUAAAUCAAAUUGUCGCGGCGUUCGACUCACUGAUUGAUUACGCACAGGCCGCGGGAGCGGCCAAAGCUUACGUCGAGGCGGCCCGCCUAGAGCCGGGCGCCGCGGACGCGAGGCUGAACCUCGCCGGCGCGUUGCAGCGCGCCCGGGCCCCGGCGUCGGCCGUCGAGGCCGAGUGCCGGCGCGCCUUCGAGCUCGACGCUUCUUUGGCGCGACGGCGCGCGACGCGCCUGUCGCGCUCUGUGUGGAAAUCAAAAUUUUACGGCGCGUUCUGAAUCAUCGCGUCGUCCUCCACGCCAUCGACGCGACGCCUGCUCGAUGGCGUGGCGAUGCCGGUUCCUCGCCGCUCGACCGAGCCAGGACGGCCGCGUCAUCGCCGAGAAAUGACUUAGUGAAGAAUUGUCGGUGCACCCGAAACACUGGUUGAUUUCCACACAGGUCGCGCUUCCGGCCGCCGCCCUGGGACCGGCCCUGGGCGCGCGCCGUCGAGCGGCUCUGGGACUCGCUCAAGGCGGCGAACUACGGGCGGGACGCGGUGCGGCGGCGCGUCAACGCGGCCGCGGGCGGCACGGUCCUGCAUCGGUCCUACCCGUCGGGGCGGGACUGGCACGAGCUCCGGCUGUCGCUGACCGCGGCCGCCCUCGACGACCUGGAGACGGACGCGCUGGGGACGCUCGUCGCGUGCUUCCUCGUCGGCGUCGCCGUCGCCGAGGCGGCGCUCGCCAGAGCAUUGGGCCAGGACAGCACCGCGCAGCUACGACGGGCGGGCGUCCUCGUCGACGUCGACGUUAAGGACGGCCGGCGGUGCUGCGGCGCGCUCCAGCUCUUCCCGGUCCUCGACGACGACGUGAUAGCCACGGACUGGUCGUCGGAGACGCUGCUCGACGCGAACGACGCGGUCAUGUCCGUGGGCACGGAGUCGCUCGAGCUCGCGCUCCUCGCGCCGCCGCCAAAGCGCGGCGCGCGCGUGCUGGAUUUGUGCUGCGGGAGCGGCGUGCAGGGCGUCGUCGCGCUCUGCCGGGGCGCGGCCUCCGUGACCUUCGUGCGCGCCCGCGUCGAAAUCUUCUCGCCGGUAGCGGCGAUGGCGUGCAGGUGGGGUCUGCUCCGUCUCUACGCCAUCGACGCGCCGCGAAGUUCACGCCGAGAGAGCCUCGCCACAGUUCCGAGCAUACGAGCGCGACGCGACGUCACGACGCCGCGAACGCAGGUCGACACGAGCCGGCGCGCGCUCGCGUUCUGCCGCGUCAACGUCCUCGGCUGCGAGCGGCGCGGGCGCCUCGGCGACUCGCGGUUCCUGCGGUGCGACGCGCGGCACGCGCGGGACGUCGCGCUGCGGGCGGGCGGGCGCGCCUUCGACGUCGUGCUGGCGAACCCGCCCUUCGUCGCCGGCGGGUCGUCGCGCUUCGCGGCGGGCGGCGACGACGGUUGCCGCGUUCUGGAGCCGCUGGUGCGGAGCCUGGCGGCGCAUGUUGGGAGAGGCGGCUACGCGUGCGUCGUGAGCGAGUUCUACGCCUCGUCGGAGCGGCCCGAGGGCUGGCUGCCGCCGUGCCCCGGCCUCGACGCGCUGCUGGUGCGCGACCCGCGCCAGGCCGAGAACCCGCGGGACUACGCCUCGGGGCGGGGGCUCCCCGCCGACGUCGGCGAGGGCCUGCGGCGGCGGGGCGUCGUCGCCGUCUGCUCCGGCUUGCUGGUCCUGCGGCCCGUGCACGCGCUGCGCGAGACGAAGAGGCUGCUCGACGUCGCCGACGGCGCGGCGGAGUCGGACGCCCUCGCGCUGGAGUCGUUCCUCGAGCGGCCCUCGGCCACGACGCGCGUCUCGCGGGAGGCGAUGCGCUUCGUCUGGCGCGACCCCGACGCCGUCGAGGAGCCGCCGCCGCCCUGAUCGAUCCUUUUUCCUAAUCGAGUGUUUUCCUGUCUA